AUGAUUAUGGGACAGUGUGAAGUAGAAAUGGCUGAAUCGAAUGCAUCUGCGCUUUAUGCUUGUCUUCCAGAUAUACAAAAUGCCAUUUGUGAAGAAUUUCAAAGUGCGGAAUGUAGCGUGGAAAUAUCGCCUGAAUUGAAUGCACCGCCUUUUAAUUUACCAUUUCACGCAUUAGGCAAAAAGAUCCAUUUGUUACCGUCAGGCUCUGUGAUACCAAAGGAUUUCUAUGAAGUUUCAUCUACUUCGGAAGGAGUAAUUGCUUCAGAUGGACUCUCAAGCGAAUGUUUACAUUUAGUGUUGGAAGGUGGCGAUGAUUGGAGAACACCUUUGCAGCAAGUCUUCGACAAGAAACUUAACCUUAAUUGGUGCUUUCUAGUAAUGGAGUUACAGUCAGGUGUAACAAAUUUUCACAUACUUCGAACACAAACGAAAUCAGUGAAAAGUUACAAUGAAUGUACCAUUUUAUGGUUAGCUGAAGUUAAAGAAACACCGAUAGAAUCAUCAAAACCAAAAAUUGUCAAGAAAAUUGUAAAAAAAGUGGUAAAGAGAACAAGUAUAGAUGGAGAGGCUAAAGGAACCAAAACUGCUUCUGUACAAAAAAUUCGUAAAAAAGUUUCUACAUCAUUAGCAGCUACUGCAACAACAGCAGCAACAACAGCAGCAACAACAACAACUACUACUACAACAACAACAACAACUACUACUACUACUACUGCUUCAGAUAUUGGCACCAAUAUUAAUAACGAUAUUACUGCUUGCGAUAAUAAUGAAAUUACUCAAAAUGUAACUAACAUCGUUACGAAAGCUGAUAAUAUUUCUACCAGCAACAGUGAGAAUAAAACUUUGAUGCCUUCAAAAGUACGAACUUCAUCAAAGUCAGAUACUACAACGUUUGAUAAGAAUGCAGUUAAUAAUGGCUACAGUUCUGUCGAUUCAGGAGUUUCAGUGUUUGAUUCAGACACUGAGAAAUCAGCGAAAUCUAUCAAAAUUAAUGAAUUUGACGAGAUUGAACGUGUGUCUCCGAUGGUAGAACGUACGGAUUCAGCUAUUGGUGAUUACGUUACACCGCGAACGACCCCUGACCGCACUUCCAAAAUGCUUUUGAGAUCUAUUGAUGACAUUGUUAGUAAACACAAUAUAAGUACUGAUAACAGCGAUACCAAAAAUAUUAUAAGUACUAGUGAUAAUGCGAUAAUAGCUGAAGCUCAAGAUCUUUUUGCGUCAUUUACAAUGCGUCUCAGUAACAGUAGUAAUAGUAGUGAUAGUAAUAGUAAUAAUAAUAGUGCCAUAGUAACAGGCUAUAAAUAUGAAAUGAAUCAAAGGAUGGAAAAAAUUCUUGAGGAAGAAGAAAAACAAAAAGUUGAAGAUUGGAAGCGGCAAAAGAAUUUCUCACUUACUAAUGGCCGUAGCACACCAGAAAGUCACAUACAUAGACGUCCCCCUUUGGCUUCAGACGUUGCAAAAUGUUCACGUGGCAAUUCAGCUUUCAUUUCUACACUUUUAUCUGAUGAAUUUGGUAGUCAACAGAGGCCUUCUUCUAAAGAUGAUAAGUUGGAAACACAAAGAUCAACAGAUGAAGAGAUAUCUUCAGUGCAAAUACUACAGUUAAUUCUCAAGCAAUUUACAUACAAGGAGUUAGGUGAGCUAAGACAAGUUCAUCCUCAUUGGGAUGAAUUGUGUGGUCAGCAGUUAAACAGCGGUUACUAUGCAGUGACCAAAAAAGCAGACAAGCUAUUAACAGAUUGCCAAAGACGUGUACAUUCCCAGCCUGAUCUUCAGCAGGUUUUAACACUUCUCACUAGCGUACAGGUCCAUAUUAUUAAUCGUGUAGAUAUGAUACGGCCAGCUAUAGAUGAAGGUGUUUGUUGUUUUCCUUAUGGUUAUUUACUCGACCAAAUAUUCGAUAUCAUUGAAAAAGUACAGGAAAUGAUACAGGGCAAGCAAAAUGUGACGAUAAAUUGGAAAACAGUGGCUGAAUUGGCAAGAAAAGCACAAAUUCAUUACAAACUGAAUCUGGAAGCAGUGAUGGAAGAGAAGUUGGGAGAAGUAGUCAGACUGAAGGCACUGCAGUCCAUCCAAAGAAUUGAUAGUUUCAUGAUUGAUUCUACUGUUACCAAACUCGAAAAGGCAGCACACAUGGCACGAGAUGAUUUGGAGUGGGAAAUUGAACAAUUGAGGCAUCAAAAUGCACAGCUGAAAAAGGAUAAUCGAGAACUGAAGAAGGAUUGCAUGAGGUUAGAAGCACGAAUUGAAAUUAUUGAGAACAAAUUCAAGACGAUGGCACGAUUGCUUCAGUAA